UAUUUUCAGGUCAUGAACCUCAAUUGUUCCCUGUGGCAGGACAACAGCAUGUCUGUGAAACGCUUUGCAUUUGCCAGAUUCUCUGAGGUCACUGAACAGUGUUUCCUUUUAUUUACCCUCAUCCUACUCAUGUUCUUAGCAUCACUGACAGGCAAUGCUCUCAUAGCCCUUGCCAUCUGGACCAACCCGGUCCUCCAUACCCCCAUGUACUUCUUCCUGGCCAACUUGUCUCUCUUGGAGAUUGGCUACACUUGCUCUGUCGUACCCAAGAUGCUGCAGAGCCUUGUGAGUGAGGCCCGAGGAAUCUCUCGGGAGGGUUGUGCUACACAGAUGUUCUUCUUCGCAUUAUUUGGUAUCAGUGAGUGCUGUCUUUUGGCAGCCAUGGCUUUUGACCGCUAUAUGGCCAUAUGCUCCCCACUUCACUAUGCAACACGUAUGAGUCGUGGACUGUGUGUCCAUUUGGCAAUGGUUUCUUGGGGAGUGGGAUGCAUGGCAGGCUUAGGCCAGACCAACUACAUUUUCUCCUUGGAUUUCUGUGGCCCCUGUGAAAUCAACCACUUCUUCUGUGACCUCCACCCUAUCCUGGCACUUGCUUGUGGCGAUACAUCCCACAAUGAGGCUGCGGUCUUUGUCGUGGCCAUCCUUUGCAUUUCCAGCCCAUUUUUAUUAAUCAUUGCUUCUUAUGGCAGAAUUCUAACUGCUGUGCUGAUCUUGCCCUCCCCUGAAGGCCGCCGAAAAGCUCUUUCCACCUGUUCUUCCCACCUACUUGUAGUAACACUCUUCUAUGGCUCAGCAUCUGUCACCUACUUGAGGCCCAAGGCUAGCCAUUCACAAGGAAUGGAUAAAUUCCUAAGCCUAUUCUAUACAGUGGUGACAUCCAUGCUCAACCCUAUCAUCUAUAGUUUAAGGAACAAGGAAGUCAAGGCAGCUCUUCAGAGAACUCUGGGCAAAAAAAACUUUUGA